ACGGGCGUGUUUUGGCAUGUCAAUAUUUUUUUGUGUAGAGUGAUGACAGAAAUUGUUAUUUUCGUCUGCUACAGAAAAUGUGUACGUGAUAUGGUGGACGUUGAAAUUUAACGAUGCAUCAACGUUGGUGGACGAGUCAAAUAAUAUCCCACUCGUUAUCACAAGUUUUGUAACUAGAAACUAGAGCAAUAAAAAACCAAAACAAAUACUGCCUGGUGUGAUAUUCCAGGGUAAAAUGCUAAUGUCGUUGUUCAGUAUCGAAGGUGUUGGUGAAGAGGUCAUUCUCAUCACACUCGCCUGUGUGAUCGCUCUCGUUCUUUUUGGAUACUACAUGAUGAGGUCUGAGAGACGAGAACAAACUGUCCAUCCUGAGGAGAGGGAAAAUGUGAAUUUACUUCGUGAAACCAUGAGAGUCCAACCAAGAAGAAGGUACGGUCAACAGAAUCAAUGUCCUGUCUGCCUCAAUGACAUUGAGUAUGAAGUGGAGACCAACUGUGGCCAUAUCUUUUGCUGUCGGUGUUGGCUUGCCUACAGGGCCCAUGGCAGUUUUUUAGGGGCAGUCCGUUGCCCUGUUUGCAGACAGCAGGUUACGAUCCUCUUUCAAGGUUUUAGCGAGAAUGAAUUGAAUCCCGCCAGCGGGUCAGAUGAAGAGCCAGAUUUAACCACUUUCAUCCGUGAAAUCAAUAGCUACAAUCGUCGCUACAGUGGCGAGCCCAGACCGUUCUGGGAGAAUAUUCGCGAGCUUCCUGUUCUAUUCCGUCACAUUUUAAGCGAAGUCUUUUCAGAAGGAGGCUUCCUUUACCUGUAUCGCCUUCGUGUCAGCCUUCUCGUGAUUGGCUGUGUGAUUUACCUCCUUUCACCGCUCGAUAUCAUACCGGAAGCAGCCUUUGGCCUGUUGGGCCUUGUCGACGAUCUUUUAGUCCUCCUCGUCGUCGCCGUGUUCAUCACCAAUGUUUACCGCACUUAUAUCGCCAAUGGCGGCAAUAUUUUUGGCAGUUAUAAUCAACCGCCAGCUGCAGCACCAGCACCAGCAGAUGCCUCGUCCAAUUGAAUUUAAAAAUAAAAGUGCCGUUCCUAAUUUUAAAAUUAAACUUUUUCCAAAAAAUAAUUAAUGAUGCACUGUAUAAUCUAGCUAUAUUAAUAAUAUUUCACGUGCUUGCUGCUUGCUCUAUUUGCCAGGGCUUUU